UCAAAAAUCAUGGCGAAGAUAAAAGUUUCUGUGGACAAACAGACAAACGGAUAGACGGACGAUCUGAGCAAAACAUGUAUAUGCAUAUAUGAGUGUUCGAUUAUGGGGGUAUAAAAAUGGGAAGCUAAAGCAUACAUUACGUAGUGAAAUCAAUAUUUUUAAUUUUAUUUUUAGAUACAUCUGGAUGAUCCUGACGUUGGCUAUGACCGGUGCGUUGGUUGCAUUCAUUGUGGAAGCAUUCAUAAACUUUUUCAAAUAUACAACAAUCACACAAGUGUCCGCCGAAAACAAACGAAACAUCGACUUCCCCGCCGUGACCGUCUGCAACAUGAACAUGGUCAGAAACACCAUUACACAGUGCAAUGGCUCGGUCUUCGCAAAUCUGGAUACUCUUUUUCUGAAUUACGGCGAAACUCUGGUAAUAGAAGAUAGACUAACUUCAGAACUUGGGUAUGUGGUUGGAGAAGAUCCAAAUGGAGAAGAAAUGCUGAAAUGUCUCUAUGAGUAUUCUAAUAAAGUACACGAAAUGAUGCCGAUAUGUACGUGGAAAGGAACUCUUAUGAACUGCUCCGAUCUCUUUCAGACCACUCUCACUGAAAUGGGGGUGUGUUUUACGUUCAAUGGGGUGGAGGGACAGAGGUUGCAGGCCUCGUACACUGGACCUGAUGGUGGCCUGAGGAUGUUUGUUGAUAUCGGACAACUAAAUUAUUAUUACUCAGCUACUAUUCAAGCUGGAAUUAAGGUAGUUCUCCAUGACCCAGGGACGGACCCCCUCCCCUCCAUGGGGGGAUUUUUGGUGGCUCCUGGAUUAUCAGCUGAGGCCAUCAUCAGUAAAACAAGGAAAAGCUUUCUUGGUGAUCCUUAUGGUAAAUGUUUAAAGGUCAGCGAAAGUGGGAACCCUCUGAAACGGUAUUCCUUCUACAGUGAAAAGUCUUGUCGAAUGGAAUGCAUGAUAGACCAUUUAGUAAGCGGAAACGAAAGCUGUAGAAAUUGUCGUCACUUCCUUCAUCCAGGUAUAUUUCUUUGGGCGUCGGAAGCAAACUGA